CAACUGCCACGCAACAUUGCUCUGUGUUAUCUCAAGAUGCUGCUCCAUCUACUUCCGAUGUUAACCUGUUCUCUGUUCGUAGGGGAAGCACACGGCCGAGUCACUUGGAAUCGAACCGACGUGACUCUGGCUUCGCAAGACUGCCCCGGAGGCUACUCCCUCGUGGGCGACAAAUGCCUCAUGUUCGUAACCUUCGCUGCUGAACCCUAUCAGGGAGCCAGAUAUUUCUGCCAUACAGCGAAAGGGGAGCUGGCUGCCAUCACCACGGCCACGGACUUCAAGAAUUUAGUCGAUUACAUCCACGCCAACGGUUUCUUCGGCCGAACUUUCUGGGUGGACGGAACAGACGAAGCAGAAGAGGGCGUUUGGGUGACGUCGUCAGGAGAUGCCGUGCCCUUAGGAACCCCCUUCUGGGCCGCUUUUGAGAACAAACAGCAACCCGAUAACGCCCUCGGGAAUGAACACUGUCUAUCCAUUCCAUCGGCUUGGUUUCUCUAUAUGAAUGACGUUUCUUGUUCUGACACAAAACACUUCAUAUGUGAAGCCACCUUCCAAAGGCAGGGGGAGGUCGCAAGCGCAGCGCUGGUUCCCGUCGGCCCGUCGGCGGUGGGCGGCCGCGUCACGUGCCCCAUCCUCUUCGUGGAGGUGGGAGGCCUGUGCCUGAUGUUCGUCACGUGGGCGGAGCAGACCUGGGGCGAGGCUCGGCAGAUGUGUGCGGGAGCCUCCGGCGACCUCUUGGCCAUCACCGAUGUUGAAGUGUUGCGAGCUGUGUACCUCUACAUACACGCACAUGGUUUAUCUGGCAACACUUUCUGGCUUGGAGGAUCCGAUCUGGAGAGUGAAGGAACUUGGGUCUACACCACAGGGGAGCCUGUGCCCAUGGGCACCCCUUUCUGGGGUCUUUCUGACAUGAGUGCUCCGUCCCAGGAACCCAACGGAGGAACCAGGGAGAACUGCCUCGCGAUCGGUAAUUUUUACAAUUUCAGGGAUUAUUCAUGUGGCUCAAAGUUCUACCCACUGUGUAUCUACAGGGGAUGAGCAAAUGACAUGGGAAACGUACAAGAAAAAAAAAAUGUUGAAACAGUAAUAACAAAAAGAAAAACAAAAUGAUAGUAACAUGAAGCAGAAUAAAAUACUUUUGUCUUGUAAGCGUUCUUUCAAUAUAUUGGUGACUAAUAAAAGGUGCAAUUA